AUGAUGCAUAAGCGUGUUCAUCUGCAUAGAGAAUGGAUGCAGCCGACAGGGGCCAACAAAUCCGCUUAUCACGGUCACUGGCGUUUCCUACGCCGGCCUGUACCGAUGCAAAACGGCCUUAAUGGAUUUUUCAUGUCGAUUGCACUCUGCAUAAGUGAACUAAGUGAGGAAAUCAAAGAAAUAAUACAACAUGUUCACAACGAGUGCGUCGGUAAGACCGGGGUGGCGGAAGAGGAUAUAGCGAAUUGCGAAAACGGCAUUUUUAAGGAGGACAUGAAAUUGAAGUGCUACAUGUUUUGUUUACUGGAAGAAGGGAGUCUUGUUGACGACGACGGUAAUGUUGAUUAUGAUAUGAUGGUCAGUUUGAUACCAGAUCAAUACACAGACAGAGUCCUCAACAUGAUAAAUGGUUGCAAGCAUUUGGACACUCCUGAUAAAGAAAAAUGCCAACGAGCAUUUGAUGUUCACAAAUGUUCAUACUCCAAAGAUCCUGAUCAGUGGCUUGUUACUGUGGACGGAGUAGCGAACAACGCCGUGGGACCGUCGUGGAGGGUUGUCGCUAUGUCGGCUGCCUUUGGCCAAAAGCCUACCCGCGCUUUAGUUCAGCCAGAACUUGUAUUUCUUAACAAUAAACAAAUAACAAGAACAAUAAAAACCUGGGAAUAUCUUUUCCGGUCGUAUUAA